GUUCAGCAGUGCCAUCUCGGCGUUGCUGGGUUUGAGCAUCAUGUUCAAACCGUGUGCAGCAAUAAGUGUUCUCUGGUGUGCAGUGCGUCUCUGUCUACACCGGGGCGUGUAGCUUGCCGUCAACGCUCCGCGCAUGCAACUGUCGUAAAAACAAACAAAAUAACAAAAGGUGCUGCAGAUCCGGCAUGAAGACCAACUACGAAAAGCUAGCAACACAAGUUCAUUACCAGGGAUCGCCAACGAGGCAAAACGCCCAGCACAGCCUCCCGGAGGUGGGUGGAGGUGGCGCCUCCGACUCUGAAAACGACUCGGAGGUACUGCCUUUGGGCCAAGGGGCAGCUGAGGGAAUGCGCACUGAGGAGGCCUGCCAGCUACCCUUUGAAGAGGUGGCCGAUCGGCUCGGCACGGACCUCCGCCGGGGCCUGUCCUGGCAUGAGGCGCACCGUCGCCUCCUCACUGUUGGGGCCAAUGAGUUUGAGGUGCGCCAGGAAGAGCCACUAUGUAAGAAGUACCUAGACCAGUUCAAGAAUCCUCUCAUUGUCCUCCUUUUGGCAUCUGCUGUGGUCAGUGUCUGCAUGCAGCAAUUUGAUGAUGCGUUCAGCAUUACUGCUGCUAUCAUUAUUGUGGUGACAGUUGCUUUCGUUCAGGAAUAUCGUUCAGAAAAAUCACUUGAAGAGCUGAACAAAUUAGUACCUCCAGCCUGCCAUUGCCUAAGAGGGGGCCAAGCUGAAACAUUUCUUGCAAAGAAUCUCGUGCCUGGUGAUAUUGUUAUUCUUAAUGUAGGAGAUCGUGUGCCUGCUGACAUCAGACUAUUCAGUGCUGUCGACCUAAUGAUUGAUGAAAGCAGUUUCACAGGGGAAACUGAACCAGCGGCCAAGGUGACUUCACCACUGGAAAAAGCAGGCAAUGGUAUUGCCUCCAAGCGCAACCUGGCCUUUAUGGGGACACUUGUUCGUUAUGGCAAUGGCAGGGGCAUUGUGAUAAACACAGGCGAGAAAUCCGAGUUUGGGGACAUAUUCAAGAUGAUGCAAGCUGAAGAGGCACCAAAAACACCUCUGCAAAGGAGUAUGGACAGCUUAGGCAAACAGCUGUCAUUAUAUUCAUUUGGUAUUAUUGGUCUUAUCAUGCUUUUGGGCUGGAUCCAAGGCAGGCCCCUGCUUGAAAUGUUCAACAUUGGUGUUAGCCUUGCUGUGGCAGCUAUCCCUGAAGGUCUCCCUAUUGUGGUAACCGUCACCCUUGCCCUUGGAGUGAUGCGCAUGGCAAAGCGUAAAGCCAUCAUCAAGAAAUUGCCAACUGUGGAAACGUUAGGUUGUGUUAAUGUUGUGUGUUCUGACAAGACAGGAACUCUGACAAAAAAUGAAAUGACUGUUUGCUCCAUCAUGACAUCAGAGCUUUACCAUGCUGAGGUUACAGGGGUUGGCUACAAUGCAGAGGGUCAUGUGAUCCUCACGGAACCUGGGGAGAGAGAUGUGCAGAUGGAUUCAAUGAGGUUACUUCUUGAGUGUGGCUCCAUCUGCAAUAAUGCUGAUAUCUUGGGGAGUGAGCUCAGAGGGCAGCCAACAGAAGGGGCGUUGUUGGCUGCAGCCCACAAGAUGGGAAUUUAUGAUGUGCGAAACCAUUAUGUGCGGCUUCAAGAGAUCCCUUUCAGCUCUGAGCAUAAAAUGAUGGCAGUGAAGGUCAUCCCCAAGUUUGGAGGGGAACAGGAGCAAUACUUUGUGAAAGGUGCACUCGAAAAAAUUUUGGCCCAUUGUACCCACUACAGUCAUCAUGGUAUGCAAUUGCCAAUCACAACUGAACGGACCGCUCAAUAUAUUAAGGAGGCUCAGUUCAUGGGUCGCAAGGGUCUCAGAGUUCUCUCUCUGGCAAGUGGUACAAACCUGAACCAACUCAGGUUUUUGGGUCUAGUGGGCAUUCUGGACCCUCCCAGGCCAGGAGUUCGUGACUCCAUUGAGACACUCCAUAGCAGUGGAGUCAAUGUCAAAAUGCUUACUGGCGACUCUGAAGAAACUGCCUGUACUAUUGCGGCUCGUCUUGGCCUUCAUGCUGUGGGCAGUGUUGUGCUUUCUGGUGAUCAGCUGGAUGCAAUGACCGACAGUGAACUGCAGAGGAUCAUUGGGUCUGUGUCGGUGUUUUACAGGACAGGACCAGGACAUAAGCUUCGCAUUGUAAAGGCUCUGCAGCGGAACAAUUACAUAGUAGGCAUGACUGGCGAUGGUGUUAAUGAUGGAGUUGCUUUGAAGAAAGCUGACAUCGGUAUUGCCAUGGGUAAAAUUGGCACAGACGUUUGUAAAGAAGCAGCUGAUAUGAUUCUUGUGGACGACGACUUCUUCACAAUCAUGGCGGCAAUUGAAGAAGGAAAAGGAAUAUUUUACAACAUCAGGAAUUUUGUGACAUUCCAGUUGAGCACGAGCAUUGCUGCUCUUUCUCUAAUUGCGUUGUCCACAUUAAUGAAGAUUCCCAACCCUCUGAAUGCGAUGCAAAUUCUUUGGAUAAACAUCAUCAUGGAUGGACCACCAGCGCAAAGUCUUGGUGUUGAGCCUGUGGACCAUGAUGUGUUGAAGCAACCUCCUCGCAACACCAAGCAGCCUAUGAUCACAAGAGAUCUGAUAUUCAAUGUGGUCUUGUCCUCGCUCAUCAUCAUUCUUGGAACCUUGUUUAUCUUCCGGAAAGAGAUGAGUGACCAAAUCGUGACACCGAGGGACACUACUAUGACAUUUACUUGUUUUGUCUUCUUUGACAUGUUCAAUGCUUUGAGCUGCAGAUCACAGACAAAGUCUGCAUUCACCAUCGGGCUCUUCAGCAACCGUAUGUUUCUCCUUGCGGUGGCCUUUUCUGUAAUAGGGCAGAUGUUGGUGAUCUACUUCCCACCACUUCAGAGGGUCUUUCAAACUGAAGCUCUAACUGCAUUAGAUAUCUGCCUCCUUGUUGGAGUAUCGUCAACAGUUUUUAUUGUAUCAGAGCUGAAGAAGUUCUUUGAAAGAAGCCUAUCGAGAAGGGUAUCCCAUUGGCACUUGUUCAACACUGCAGUAAAAAUAGCAUCAAUUCAAGCUUGGAAUGCAUCGCGUCCCUAUUGAAUGCAAUAAAAUUUAUUGCAGGUAGUGUGGUUGAGCGAAUUAGUCGAUAUUUACAGUCCAUCAGUUUUCUUCAACAUUUAAAUUGAUGUUAGAGCCACAAUGAGUGUUGUGCUAACAAUGAUUGGAAGGCAGAUUUUUUCUCCCUCUCUUUUUUUCUGCAUUAUUAAAGGAGCCCUGCAACACUUUUUGAGCAUGGUCAGAAAACGCUGUCGAUCGGUAGUAGGGCCUCCCGAGAAUACGCAAGCUAAAUAUUAUAGUGCAGCAUGCGGCCUGGAAUUCGCAAUAAAUAUUCAAAGUCAGCUCAAAAUUGCUUUUUCUUCUCUUAACAAAUGACAGAAGACGCUCAAAAAUCACUCAUAGAAAGGCAAUCUAUCAGUCAUUGGCUGAUUUGAACAUGGCGCGCUCGGUCAUUACAGGGAUUGCCAUGGAAGGCCGUGACUUGACCACGUGUGUGCUCGCGAUCAGACUGAAAAAGCCAUGCAUUCAAAGGGGGAAAAAAAGAAAACAGUGCUCAAGGUCACGAGGCUCGCGUGACAUAUUUUUUUUUUUUUUUUGCCCCUUCCAUCCCUCCCUGCUUAGUUACCUGUGCUUUUGUUGGGUCGAGAGAAGAGAGGAUGUAAUCGCAGCAUGCAAUAAGUCUUAGUAACUCUGCUCAUACUGGGAGGAUUCUUAAAGUUUUUUGCGGCAUUGAAUUCGUGAGGCAAUGAACUCUUUUAUUGAAUUCAUUUUAUGGUUACUUGAAAAAGUGUUUUAAGGCCCCUUUAAGUAUUGUAAGUGCCUUAAACAAAAUUUUUAUUGAAAACACUGUUUGAGUGCUCACCUAUGCUUCUGUAUAAAGCAUGAAAGAAUCUAAGUUUGUGGAAGUUAUUUUACUGGGGACCUCAUGAAAAUUUAUGUAUUAUAAAUAUAUGAUGUAUACAGUUUUAUAUCAUAAAGAAACAGUUUAACAUAACUUGAAGUUAGAUGUGUCUUGUUUUGGCCCACUAAUAGAAGUAAGCAUUAUAAACUGUAAACAUUACGAAAAAUGCACAUUGAAUUUAGUUAUACUGUUAACUCUUUUGUGCCUGGUUGAUGUACUAGUACGACUUGGCUCAGUAGGAUAAAAAUGUAGUAGUCUUGUAUAUUCAUUCACAAUAUCUUACAGGUUCCUUAUCGGAGUGUUGUGUGAGGGGGCGAUACAAGGUUAAUAUAGAACAUGUGACAAAUGUAGAAAAAAUUAAAUGUAAUCUACAUUCUCAAAGGCGCACUGAGAUAUCGUUAUGCAUUUGAGUACCUGAAAAAGAAGGAGUAAUUUUCAGGUAGAAAAAAUGAACAAGGAAGGAAUAUUGAAGCGGGAAAAAAUGCUAACUUAAAUAACAUUGACAGUCAGUGAUUUUUAAACACACCAUGUCUACAAUACUAUUGAAAUAUAUAAGGCAGCAUCACACAAUAUUACAAAAAAA